CUAUUUUCGUAUUUUCGUAGUUAGUCGAACAAAGCUGCUAUUGGAGCUUACCUGCUCACCUGGUUGACAUUGGAUAUCAGAUGACGAAGAAAACAAAGCCGAAUUCGGCAGUGAAUAUUGUCCUUAGAGGUAGAACAUCCAGUGGAAUUAACUCCAGCAGCAGCUGGAUCGCGUAUCAUUAUCACUGAAGCUGGUUCGGGCUGCUUCUCCGGGCGGCAAGAUUCAGUGUAGAGGAAAUCAAGCGUAACUCGGCGGCAGCAUCCACGAUCAGUAAUCGCCAAGGACUCGAUCGCGUAACAACUUCUCGGUGAACGAUCGCUUCCAGAAUACAGCAGAGGAAACAUUAUUUCGGAAAAUGUUGAUUCCCAUGUGAGCCGUUGAUACAUUGUACCCCACUUGACGGUGGUUCAACAAAUCUGUGCCACAAGAAAGUUGCAAAGCCCCCGAGUCCCCACCAUAAAUCUUGCUCGCGGGGCACAAAUAUUGACCGAAGACUUCGACUGUUAUUUACACACGACGCCGCUAGCCUCUAAACCAGCCAAACCCUCGGAAAUUAUGGCGUCGGAUAGCUUGCCGUCUUCCUGCGCUCGGAUCGGAAUUCUGUGGAAGAACUAUCUGAAUACCAGCAAUGACGAUCGCGGACUGGACGACGAUGGCGAUCACAACAACUACAACGACGACGAUAUGGGAUCCUCGCCGCCGUUUGUCGGUGCAAGCAAGACUGCAUGGUUGGAGGUGUUCCUGUAUGAGUUCGGGAAGCUGAACGAUGAACGGCGGGCGUACUUUCAGCGAUCAAACAGCAUCUCGGAAACCAUACCGUCGGUCUUAUCGCGCCAGUUGCUACUAUUUAUCUACGAGAUCUGCGAUUCGUCGAAAGGCAUCCCGGAGGAACAGACGCCUCGCAAACGUGCCUCGUCCAUCACGUCGUCCCUCUCGUCAGCGUCCACGUACAUGACGGCCCGCAGCGGAACGACUGACUGCGUUGCCAAUUCUGCUUCUGCUGCUGCAGACGACACCAACCACGACGACCAUACGUUGGAUCUCCUACUGCCACAAGCGUCUGCUACCGAUCAUAAUCAGCAGAACGAUAACAAGAUCGAAGUCGAUUCGUUCGGUGGCGAUCCCGGCGAGGAUCGAUGCAGUGCACUGAGGGAAUUUCUUUUGGAAGGCAUUGGAGGACGAAUCCUGAAGGUGCUGGAUCAAAUCGGAGCCAAAGACAUUGUCAACGCGCGGGAGUUUGCGGAGGUGUUGAUCCAGAUUCUACCGACUCGAAAAAAGUGGCUAAGCCUACAAACCGAUCUAGAAUAUCAAGUAGAGUACAACGCGCAGUUGUUGAAGGUGUUCAAAAUGCGCACCGGAAACAGUGAUUGGAGGAACGGCGCGAAGCGCAAUUCUCUGAACAUGAGCUCAUCGCAAAUCAUCGAAUGCACCAGCCCGGUGCUGACUUCGUCUCCGCCGGCGAUCUGUCGGAUGCUGUCGUGUCCACCGGUCCCACAGGAGCACAAGCCUACACAAGCAUGUGCCGAUCAUCCGCAACCCACAAAUCUCGCCGACUAUCACACCGAAGCGUUCAACGCGAAUCUCCACACGGCUUUGAGCCAAGAUCGGCUCACCAUGAUCGUUCUGAAUCUCCUGGAAAGUCUAGUGAUACACGAGAACAUUUUCAUGAUCGACGAAAAGUCCGUCACCAUCAGCUGCCUCCGCAUGGCAAUCGAACGGCUUCGUCGGCAGGAAGUCCUAGAGGAGAACCCUCGCAAUCGGCAGAUCCUCCGGCACAAACUCCUCGGAAUAUUAAUGCUUAGUUUGAACAAUCUGUUCUUCCUCGAUACGCUGGAGAGUGAUCACGUUAGCUUGAAGCAGAUCACCUCCGACGUCAUGGAACUGCUGCAGAAAGAACUCGACGCUGGCAGUAUAAACCCAAUAAGCUGUGAUUUCGUGUAUAAUCUCACGUACACGAUCGUGUCAACCGUAAACCAAACCUUUCUGCAUUACUGCGAACAUUUGGUCAGCGAGCAGUUCUUCAAAGCGAUUUUCCGCUUGCUGGAGAGUAAUCUGGACAUCGUCAAACACGUUUAUGGUCUGCUUCACGAGCAGAACGGUAUCAACGGGACACAUCAAUCGUCCGUGGUUGACAUCCUACUGAAGAUGCUGCAGAACUUCAUCCUCGUCCUCGCUCCGAAUCGUGCUUCUGGCAAGAAACCUCCUCGAGCUCGACACAGACUGCACCAUGCGCGGCAAGAUCCCAAAACGGCGUACAUCUGCGCGCUGGAAAACCUCCUCCUCAAUAUCCUCCCCGUUGUCAAAUACUCCGACCAACGCAUGCUUCUGCACUUCUUCGGCGAACAUCAGAUCUGCUGUUGCAACGCAACCAUCGAAACGCUGGAAGCCCUUCUGGUGAUCACCAACGACGAUCUGGUGCCGAGAAUCUGUUUGAACUUCGCCAACCGUAGUGUGAUAUGCGCGAUCUUCGGCCGAUCCAGCUGCACCCAGUGCGAAGGCGAACGGUAUGGCGAUCGGUUCGACGAACGCUUCGAGCGCCUUCACCGGCAAGCGUUCGAGGCGUUUGCUCGCGCGGAGAACAGACCUCGGAUGCCGAUCUUGCUGAAGUACUUGCAGGAUGUCGUGAAAGUGAUUCCCGCACCGUUGGAGAGAUUUGUCUUGUUUGAGUUGGUGCUGCCACAGCUACGCAAGGAAAAGGCGGAGUUCGCUGGAAGAGUGCUGGAUGAUACGAGUAAGGAUCUCGUCAACGGUUGUCUGACGAUCGUUGGAAGGUGCUUGAGGAAUGCUCAUCUGUUUGAAGAGUUUUUCACGGAAGAGAACGUGGCAAUGCUGAGGGAUCUUUCGAGGCGAGCCGAGUUCGUGUAUCAUGUUGGAGUAAUUUUUAGGAUCGCGUUCGAUGCUGCGGAUGUACUGGACGUGAUAGAGGAUCAACUCGGGAGGAUCAUUUUGGACAACCUGCGGGAUUUGGCCGAACGUUUGGCCACGCUUUUCGCAAUUCUUAAGACGAGUGAUGUGCAUAUCAGACUGAAAGGUCCCGCGGCCAAGGGUGAAGAUAGUUUGCCAGAAGAGGAGUCAACAAACAACGUUUUGCAGGUGUUUGCGGAACACUGGAAAAUUGUUCGGUACCUGAUUCAAGUGAACGAUCAUUUCUACGAUGCCUUUUGCAAAACAUUCGGUGAAUGUGAAGACUUCCUACGCUUAGUGAGUAACCUCUUUAGUGCAAUUCUAUACCACGACAAACCGAACCGGAGUGAGUUGUCGCCCGCCAGGUCAUCCACGCUUGUGUUGACGGAGCAGACUAGCCCAGAACGUCGUAGUAUUUUGAACAUCUUUCACUUCAACGAUCGGCUGAUCGAUCACCAGCUUCAGAGUGAGCAGUUCGUCUUCAGCUGCAGCUCGAUCGCUUCCGACGGGCUCGAAGACGAGGAGUACUCCCUUAUUCGGGAGUUGGCCGUCGAGAAGCUUUUGCAGAUCCCGUCGGCCACCCAAGAUCAGCUCAAUAAUGGCAAGUUGGAACGGAGUUGGUCGCUGUUCGAUAAGAUUAAUAUCCGACAAUUGUUGGCCGAACUGGUAGAUGAAUACUUUCCGGGUUCGGUGAAGCACCGGACGCGAUUCGAAGAGCUUCCCGAGCAAGCACGGCAACUGUUGGCCACCGGUGGGUUCAUACGGAAACGGUUGGCCAUGUUGGUGGAGCUUAUUCUCAGUACGUUCCAAGUUCUGGUGGACAAAGACAACCGGUUGGAGGACGCCAUGCAGUCGGCACUGAUCGAACUGAAGAAAUUGCUACUCAGCGGAGCCCUCGAGCAUUGGGAUUCGCCGGAAGUGACGAAAAAUGUGAUGAACGCGCUCCAAUCGCUGCUCAAGAUCGCCGAAGUGCGCAGUGCAGUGACCGGUUUCGAAAUAAUCGAUGCUCAACAGGCGAAUGAGUACUACUUUCCGGCACAGUCGUUCACCAGCGUCGGAAGGAAGUCCGUCAGUGCAGAAGAUGAGGUCAGUUCAACAGACGAAAGCUACACGACAGCCUUCGACGACGGAUACGACGGGGACGUGGAGAACGAUCAACUGUUGACGAUCGUUUCGCGCAGGGGUAGUGGAUCGCGAUCCCGGGAGAUCGGGACUACGAAAGUCAACCAGCAUAUUUGCAACAUUGUGGUGGACAUAUUGGUUGAGUUGUCAAAGAAGUGUGCUACAGAUCCACAGAACUGGUGUUCUACAUUGUCGCAGAUGGUCUUGAAGCUCAACGGGAUUAAAAAUCAUCUUGGAGGAUCACUGUACCUGAUCACCGGAUUCGGUCCUGUGCUGCAACGAAGUGAUGUCCGCUUGAAAGAGCUUCAGACGUCCAUACUGGAGUUGAUCACCGAUCUGGACAGUCCAGAAGUGUUCUCCAAAUUUCUACAGCUGUUGAGUCUCGACGAUCCGCCAGUUCAACUGAUCCUGACCAAGCUGAUGAACCUGGUAGACACCACUUUCAAGUUGGAAAGUUACACCGAGAUCAGUUUUCCCGAUCCAAGCGAUGACGGAACUCGGAUAUCCACGUGCGAUGUUCUGCUCUCGAAGAAGAUUAGUUAUCUACGGGAACAUCACCGUUUUUACAACAUCCGAUCGCCUUUCACGUGCUCCGCCAAGAUGGUCCCGUUAAGCUACGUGAACUUCUCGCCGUGGAAUGCCGAAGGCUGUACAGCUUCAGUUUGGUUCCGGUUGAGUUCCACGCAGCAAGACAGCAAUCGCCUCACAAUCACGCACCUGAUUUCCGUCGGCAGCGAGAAGCAAAUCGUUUCAGUGUUCAUCAACCGCCAGCGUCAGUUUACGGUGCGCUUCAACAAACCUGAUCGGAUUAUCACCAGUGCCAAUACCAAGCGCUACCUGGCUAGUGCUGUCAAUGUAAGCUGUUGUGAUACGUGUGUCAAAGAGCUGUCUCACAUGUGGAGUUACAAAAACUUCCUUCGCUCGAUAGAACCUUCCGUGUCAGUCUUCCGCAUCGACGCUCCAGGAGCGCAGUGCCUCUAUUGCUACAAACAUCUUCCAGUAGGUAAAACAGAAGCGAGCACCAGUCUCUCCAAUGACUACUUCUACGACCUUCAUUCGGAACAGUACACGAUCAAAGACCUGCAACUGGUGGAAGAUCAAUGGACGUCCCUAGUCCUUUCCGUACAACAGCUAGAUAACUCCAUAUCCAUCGUCCUAACACUGGACGGCGUUCAACAGCAAACUCUCACCAUAACUGAUCCUUGCCAGAUCCACAUCGACACGGCCCUUCCCGUGCUUGCCCUCGGUCAUCGAAUCGGCGUUGAAGAUGAUUGCCCCAUAAACUACUCCCUUUCCAACGUUCAACUCUUCAGAAAGAGCUUCACGGACAUAUCCACCCUGGCAAACCUGUACUCGCUCGGUCCCAACUGGAUCCACCUAGCAGGAUUCCUGAAAGGUGAGAUCGUCCCAAACUACGGCAGCCUCAACUUGACCAAGCUGUCUCUCGAAGACCUGCAUCCACGGAAUCACUUCCACAUGCUGCACCGUUCGCACGUCGGUAGCUAUGCUGCUCACAAACCGGAUGUUUUCAUCUCCGGUAAACCUGGUUAUGGCAGGAUCGCGCUAGGAAUGCUCAGUUUCUCGCCACGAAUCGUGCCACAGGAAAACCUCUCCCUGCAACGAUCGAUACAGCUGUCGGGAGGCAUAUCUGCGAUGCUGUUCGCUUUUGCCCGAGUCGUCGAGCUGUCCGACUCGCCGAGAAUACACGCCGACGCGCUGAAUCUACUGUUGCGGAUAGCACACGACAACAACGAUUUCUACAACGAAUUUGUCCAACGAGAUCUGCUGGAACUGGUGGGGAUCGUUCUCAAGAACAAGAAAUGUCACAAAGAAGUGUGCGUCCUGGCUGCCAUGUUGGAGGUAACGUUCGAUCAACCGAUCUUGGUUUACCGUGGCGAUUCGUACAGCGUGCUGACCAACUCCGUAGCCCGGAUACGCUACCCGGAGAUCAUCGUAUUCUUCUUCGAAAACUUCCAAAUUUGGAUCGACCACUCGGAAGAGGUGUUGAAUCUGGUGUUCAAAGUGCUGAUGACGAUCACCCGCGACAAGCACCCCGGUAUGGAUUUCAACUGCAAACGUCUGGCCGAUGCGGGUCUCGUGCCAACCUUGAUCGACUUCUGCCGGAUGAACUUCGUCAUUCCACCGAAGACCGUAAAGAUAUCAGAAGCCGCUGCAGAUUGGCUGGUGGCGCUCAUCAAGAAUCUCUCCAGCAACCCUCCAAAAGUGAGUUUACUGAAGGAAAUCAUCGAUCUACUGCUGCUCAUGCACAAACCUACGGAUAGCUACGUCACCCACGAUCGCCAAAAGUUCUACUUCAACAUCAAUCCCCAUUUGCCAAACAAGAGCACCAAGACCAGUGAGAACAAACUGUCGCAACGCCUCAAUCUCCGUGAACGACGUCUCAAGUAUUCCCAACUGCGUAAGAUCAUCCCUCUGGCUAUCACCAACACCAACAACGCUUCGUUCGAAUCGACCACCAGCUUCAUCGAAAUGGGCAAGCUGGAGAGCAAGACGAUUGAUUCGUUCGAAGCUUCACCACAAGUCACGCCCAGAUCCCUCCAUGGUAGCCCUACUGCAGGAAACUAUCAGGCUAACUACAACAAGUUGAACCAGGCCCUCGCAAAAGUUAACAUUCGCCGAAAGAGUUUGAAAAGCGAGAAACGCAAAGUUCGUCGGUUGCAAAGUCCGACCACUAGGAUCAGCUUGACUCCUAAGGAACGAUCGUCGCCUUCUAAGCUUUGCCCGAGGAAGGAACUCAACCAGUCAACGCAGUCGCUACCCACCAAGUUCAAAUUCUUCGAGCAGAACUACUUCGGGACCGGUAACGACUUCAUCCAGGAGAGUUUCCUGCGGGCAAUGUGUGACUUGCUGCUAAUCCUACCGGACCAAGAAGCCAAGCAGUUCUUCUCGGCGGAAAACCAAAUCAUCGAAACCCUUCUUAUCCUGGCCAACAACUCGAAUAUCCGGAUCCGGACGAUGAUCAUCAACCUGAUCGCGGUUAUCAGCGAUCGGAUACUGUGCAGCAGCUACACCGAGGAGCAGUUCAAGAUCUUUUGGCACCACCUAGGCAACCAGAUCGGGUCGCAUAGUGUCAGCAUUGAACUGUUGAACAGCUGCUUCCGAUGGAUCACAAAAACGGGUUCGGUGCUGGCGUUGGAAUCGUUGAUCUUGGAGUACCACGUCAGUGUUGUGCAGGAAUGCGGGCUGAAUGUUCUGAUGGCGAUCCUGCCGCAGUCACACAUCGACUCGAGGCUGUUCCAGCUGGUGCUGCAUCUGAUGGACUACAUCGGCGUGAAACAUCCGAAAGCGACGCAGUACAUGGUGGACAACGGACUGGUGGGAACGAUCGUCAAGACGGCAGUCAAAAUGCACGAGAAGGACGAGACUGGUGAGGUGAUUGCCAAUCGGGAUAGUUUUCUGAGCUUUAUCACCAACUUUGCGCAGCGAGCGUUGAUAUCCGAGAACUCCAUAAAUCCUUUCUGGGAUCUUAUUAGUGGUUUGACCCUCGCUGAGGGACACAAGAAUCCAAAAGUUACACAGGGACUUCGAGAUAUUCAGGCUCUGUUCUAUCGUAACUUGUUGCAACUUUUCAUCUAUAGGCCAACAGACUCGAUCAUUGGACAUAAAAAUAACUCUUUCACUGUGGACCUCCCGGGCAGCGCAAUCUCAAAGGCAGAAGCGAAAGCCCGCUUCAACCAGAUCCACGACAAGGCGGUUCAGUUCAUAACCAACUGCGAUGCCGAUCAUCAGGUCUUCGAAGCGGAAGUUCUGCUGAUCAAGAGUCUGAUGAACAGAACUUUGAACGGGAACCCCCGCGGCGGUAACAUCAUCCUGUGGUGUCUUCUUCCGAAACGUCCGGCCAGUUUGAAGCUGUACACGAUUCGACAACUCGGGCAGUACAUAGAUAGUGGGAAUUACCUUUCGUUGAUCUGUGAUGUCCGUAUGCUGAAGGUAUUUAGCAACAGCAUCUUGUUGCUCAACCACAAGGACUUGAGCGUCGAGGAUCUUGCAUUUGUGAACAGCUUUUGCAAGGCAAUCGAUGGAACGCACAACAUCAUGUGGACGUUGACACAAACGAUAGAAGAGUUUGACUAUCUUCGGAAGACCAACAUGAACGAACAAGAACAAACGAUCCAAAAGUCGAUUAAUAAGCAGGAAAAACUAAUUCACACAUGCACGAUCGCUGCUAUGGAGAUCACCCGGAACAUAGUAGAAAAGCAGAACAAGCUACGCAAGGAGUUGAUCAUUCAGCUCAAGAAGGACAACGACUUCAAAUUCUUCAAUCAAUGGAGACAGAUCAUCGCGCAGAUGACCCACGAAGACGCUCCAUGGUACAAUGAAAAGCUGUAUCCGACUUCUUGGGAGUUGGACGACACGUACGGUCCCGGUAUGGUCCAGAACCGGAUGAAGCGAUGCCACCGAACCGUAGAGCAACGAUUCUUGCAAAAAGACUUCAGAACUUUCGACGAUCAACCGCUGAAGCCGCUACUGGACUACUUGAUACCGCACAACCGGAGUCAGGAGUUUUCGAUGGAGAAUCAAGUGCUGUACACGUGGACUGUGCGACAAAUUUCGCCCAAAGAGGAACGUGACUGUGAGUGCAUUUUGACGAGUACGGAGCUGGUGUUGAGUCUCAGUACUGGCGAUAUUUCAAUCUAUGAUCUGCACGACAUCACUAAAAUCUGGAAGAAGCGCUACCAACAUCAGGAAACGGCUGUGGAGAUCUUUCUCCAAAGUGACAAAUCGCUGUUCUUGGUGUUCGACAAGUCCCUGGAACGGGAGCAGUUUGUCGGAUUUUUCCACGAUCUCGUACAACGCGAAGGCCGACAAGAGCUGGAAGUUCAUACACAGGCUUGGAAAGAGGGAUUACUAAGCAACUGGGAAUAUCUAAUGCACUUGAACCAGAUUUCAGGUAGAAGCUACCACGACCUUAUGCAGUAUCCGGUGUUUCCUUGGAUAUUAGCAGACUACGAAAGCCAGACACUCGAUCUCCUCUUAGAAAAGACUUUCCGAAACUUGGAAAAACCUAUCGCCGUGCAAUACAAAGACCAGGAGAAACACUACAUCAACAAUUACAAUUACUUGAAGCAAGCAGAAAGCGAUUUACAUAGCAGACAACGGAUCCACCCGUACCACUACAGCUCUCACUACUCGAACUCCGGAACGGUGUUGCAUUUCUUGGUUCGAAUGCUGCCGUUCACAUCACUCUUUCUGCAAUAUCAAGACGACAGCUUCGACAUCCCGGAUCGAACGUUCCACUCACUGGCAACCACUUGGAAGUUAGCCAGCAAAGAUUCUCCCACGGACGUCAAAGAACUGAUCCCGGAGUUCUAUUGUUGUCCGGAAUUCCUGGAAAACGCCGAGGGGUUCGACUUCGGGUUGCGUCAAUCCGGCGAACCGGUCGAUCACGUUGAACUGCCACCUUGGUGUCACCAAUCUACGCGACUGUUCAUACUGAUCCACCGUCAAGCGCUAGAGUGCGAUUACGUAAGGCGACGGAUUUCCAGCUGGAUCGAUUUGAUUUUCGGCUACAAGCAAACUGGUUCGGCUGCCGUUGACGCGAUCAACGUGUUCCAUCCGGCGACAUAUGCGAAUUUCAACGCUACUGAUAUCGACGAUCCUGUGGAAAAACUCGCUCUGGAAACCAUGGUCAAAACAUACGGUCAGAUGCCCCGGCAGCUGUUCGACAGUCCCCAUCCGCAGUCAAACGUGACGCCACUCUGGGCCAAUCCACCCGAGGUCAUUGACAAGGUCAGUGGUUUGAAAUGGGGUCUGUAUAGCGGGUCACCUGUGCUUCCUAGUCCCAAGAUCGUAGACAUUCGAGCAACCCUCAAUAACCUCGCCACCCUGACGCACAUGGAAGGUAACCGGGUGGUAGGUCUUCCCUCGCGGAUGAACAUAUUCCGAGGACAGCACACCAAAGCUCACUAUCUGAUGAAUUGGGGUCACCUGGACGACGUGGUACGAUUCCGAUCGAUACAGGAGAGCGACACGCGAUCAAGCGAGCUGGUCUACAACACCAACAUGGAUCCCAUCACAGCAUGCGGAAGUGAUCCCAACUGUCCGGAUAUAUGGUUCGGGCAUCGAUCCGGUCGGAUCGCCGUGUUUCAGCAGAGACAACAGAAGAAAAUGUCAUUCUUCAAUGCGAACAUUCAGCCGACGGUGACGCGAUCGCGAUCCAGCUCGUUCCGGAAGUGGAUUGAUCGCAAGAGCGCAACGCUGCGAAGAAAGUUCGAAGGCGAUGAAGAGGGAGAAGAAUCGACGGGAGGUGUACCGAUCAAGUGGAAUUUCCCGGUGAUUCUGAUCAAACAUCGGGCAGAGAUAACGGCGAUCGCGAUCAGCACGGAGUUCAAGAUUGUGGUCAGCGUCGGCGUGGAUGGGACCGCUGCAAUCUGGGACUGCAAUACGUUGAGUUAUGUGCGGGAGAUCCCCAAACCGGUCAACGGGAUCAACUCGAAGAUCAGUUUGGUGGCGAUCAGUCCAACGUUGGGAGAUAUCGUGACGGUUCAUUCGAGUACGCAUGCGGCAUCGAUGUCGAGUCGAUCGAACGAUACCACAACGCUGGUGGACGACGAAAGUUUUGAAGUGACGGAGAACUACAACAUGGACUACGUGAAUGUGGCAAUGGUGUCCAGUCGCGAUCAACUGCGGCUACAUACGAUCAAUGCCAAGUACGUGGAGCACGUGUUCAUGGAAAGUCCGGUGAUGGCGGUGUGCUACACUUCUGUGAAGGAGGGUUGCGGAGUUAAUUGUAUAGCCGUGGGAAUGGAAUGCGGCGUGAUAAGACUGUACAGUAGCUGGAAUUUGGCGCUGGUUCGGGAGAUCACCACCAACCUGGGUGAUCCUUUCGGAAUCAUCAGCCUCAUCUACUCGAAGAACCAGCAUCUGGUCGUACUAAUGUCAAGCAAUGUGAUUCAAACGUGGAAAUCCGAAGGUCUUCCUGGGACAUCACCUCAGAUCUCGGAACUACCGGUUCGGCGAUCGAUUGGCUAAGAGCCAAAGCGAGAAUAGUACUUCAUAGGAACAUAACCCGAGAGCUUUAUCAAAAUUGUUAUUAUAUGUUUUGUUGGAAUGUAAUACAAGUAAAUGAUAUUAUAUUUUUUCUAAUUUAAAACUAAA